UUUGAAAGGACAGCCCGGCGGGCACACGGCUUAAACUUUUACCAAACAAAAUUGGACUUUUGUAAACAAAUUAAUACAUAAAUAUAGUUUACAAAGCCGGUGGAUGAGUCGAAGCUUAGGGAUAUCGAAGCCCCACUGCCAGAUUAAAUGGCUACCCAGGAGCUGGACGACGGGGCUAUCUCCAUUCUCCAAUUGCAGCCCUACCAGGAAAUCGAAGACGAGCUGGAGCAGCUGCCCGAUGACAUCCUGCGAUGUUGUGCCCAGGAACUAAGUUACAGUGACUUUUUCUGGCUUUACAUGCACAAGAAUUUGCCCGUAAUCAUCACUGAUGUCUCCAACAGCUGGGAGUGCCAGCAGUGGACGACUACAAAGAUCCCAGAGAACACGAUAGAUGUGAAUUUUAAUACCGGACAAUCCUCGUUCCUCCGCUCCAUUAACUUUGACUACCUCAAAACCAAAAUUGGUAAUACCCCCGUUCCCGUAGCCGACUGUAACUCAGCGUACUUUAACAGCCAUACGAAGCUGGAGCUUAAUUUCUACGAUUACCUCGAGAGAUGGCGGAGCAGAAUCGAAACCGAUACCCCAGAAGUAAAUAGUAACGCGGAUACAGCGAACCGGGACAAUCUCUACCUCAAGGACUGGCAUCUGGCGGCCCAGAUGCCCAGCUAUAGCUUCUACCAGGUGCCUAAAUAUUUUGCCUCCGACUGGCUCAACGAACAGCUCAUUGAUCAGGGCAAGGACGACUACAGAUUCGUCUAUAUGGGGCCCAAGAAUUCUUGGACCUCAUAUCACUCGGACGUCUUUGGUUCCUUUAGCUGGUCAACCAAUAUUGUGGGCCUUAAAAAAUGGCUGAUAAUGCCACCAGGCGAGGAAUUCAAACUCCAGGAUCGAUUGGGAAAUCCGCCAUUCAACAUCAAUGAACAAAUGCUAGAUGAACACAAUGUCCGAUAUUACACCAUCAACCAGAGGGCCAACGAAGCUGUUUUUGUGCCCAGCGGCUGGUUCCACCAAGUGUGGAAUUUGACGGACACCAUAUCCGUGAAUCACAAUUGGUUCAAUGCGUGCAACAUUUUUAUGGUGUGGCAAAAUCUCAAAAACAACCUGACGGCCGUGUGGAAGGAGAUCUCGGAUUGCCAGCAAAUGGAAAACUUUGAGGCACACAGCCAGACAAUGCUGAGGGCCAGUUUUGGCAUUAACUACCUCGAUUUUAUAGAGCUCUUGGAGUUCAUUGCCGCUCGCCGGUUGGCCGAGAAAAACUCAGCUACUAAGUUUUUACUAUUCAAUAGAUAUACAAUGAACGAUUGGCAUGUGCAUCACGAUCUAGAGUGCUUGAAGAAGAUAAUAAAAACAAUGACGGAGGAUCAAACUAUCCGGAAUAGUACCCUUCCACUACACAGUCGCUGCCAGCAAUUACUCUGCCAAUUGGAGUUUUAGGGGUCACACGUAAAGGCCUUGGCAUAAUAUUUUUAUACCAAAAAUCUUGUGUAUUAGUAUACAGACAAUAGCUGCAAUAUUUUAAUAAAAAUAUUUAAACAGA